AUGCUUCGUGCCCAAAAAGAGAUCCCAGAGGGUAACGUAGCCGAUGUUCGCUCUCAAACCUUCGGCACUAUGGCGGUUCAUCUCUGUCUUCCCGGCGCAAAGCCGGGAGACUUCAAAACCAACGGCCGCUUGUUCUUGAACCUGGUUAUCAAAUACGGAGUGCCGCUGGCUAAUGGUAUAUGA